GAUUGUGCACGGCGGCCUGGCGGCGGCGGCGAAAAAUGUCCCCAGGCUAGGUAUUCUGCUUGUCUCCAGUGCGGUCGGCCGCUUGGAGUCCCCGUCGCGGCGGGCUCAGGUGCCUUCUCCAGGAGGGGCGGCAGGGAGGGAGAAAUGGCCACAAGGUUGCUGCCAGCCCAUGUUCAGAAUGAUUUCAAGUGCUUCUCUCGUUCGGCCACUGUGCCUCAUCUUCCCGGGGGCACAGUGCUUCCUUCACAGAAGGAGUCUGUGACGUUCAGGGACGUUGCCGUGUUCUUCAGCCAGGACGAGUGGCUGCGCCUGGACUCUGCACAGAGAACCCUGUACCGGGAGGUGAUGCUGGAGAACUACGGCACCCUGGUCUCGCUGGGAAUUCUCUUUUCCAAACCAAAGGUUAUCUUCCAGUUACAGCAAGGGGAAGACCCCUGGAUGGUGGAAAAUGGAGUUUCUCAAGACCCACGUGUAGGUUGAAGACACUUGUCAUCUCUGCCUUCGGAACAUCACAAAUGUGCCCACCUCCCCCCACUGUGCCAGUGCACAUCCAUCCAGUCUCCUAAGUGAACUGCUCUGCAUCUGCCCUUGUUUCUCCUGACCCCCAAUUACAAUCCAUUUGUCACACAACCAUCGAGGUCCUUUUUAUUUAAAAAAAGAAAAAAAAAUUUUUAAUGUUUAUUUAUUUUUGAGAGA